CAAUCCUUCCGUCACAAAACACAGUAAUUUAGAUGUGGACAGUCACAGUGCAUAUCCGUGCAAUCGUGUCUAAAACUUUGCGUGUCAAGUAACGAAGCUCCAACUAUGGCAAGUAGCAGAAAGGUUGCAGUAGUGACUGGCUCCAACAAGGGUAUUGGAUUUGGCAUCGUCAGAGCGUUGUGUAAAAGCUAUGACGGGGACGUCUUCCUUACAUCUCGGGAUGAAGGUCGAGGCCAGACAGCCAUUGCUGAUCUAAACAAGGAAGGCCUACAGCCCAAGUUCCAUCAGCUGGACAUCAAUGACCGGUCAAGCAUAGAGCAGCUGAAGUCCUUCCUACUGUCCACCUACGGGGGACUGGAUGUUUUGGUCAACAAUGCUGGAAUUGCAUACAAGCAAGCAGAUCCAGCACCUUUCCCGGAGCAAGCUGAAGUUACAUGUAAAACCAACGUCUCGGCCACCCUCGAUGUCUGCCGUAUUCUCUUCCCUCUGCUCCGACCUCAUGCCAGGGUUGUGAACGUCUCCAGCUUUGUAUCUCAAAUGACGAUCCAGAAAUGUUCUCCAGCCGUUCAAGGUCGCUUCAAGGACCCCAGUCUGACAAUGGACGGUCUUGAGAAGAUCAUGCAGGAGUUUGUUGAUGCUGCCAAGGCAGGUAAGCACCAGGACCUAGGCUUCCCCAACAGCGCCUACGGGAUGUCCAAGGUCGCGGUCACGGUGAUGUCCUUCAUCCAGGACAGAGACAUCAGGAAGGACUCGAGAGAGGACAUCGUCAUAAAUGCGUGCUGCCCGGGCUACGUGGACACAGACAUGUCGAGUCACAAAGGGCCGAAGACCAUCGAUCAAGGUGCAGACACCCCAGUGUAUCUGGCUCUCCUUCCUCCAAACACCACAUCCCCUAAAGGCAACUUCGUCUCAGACAGAACCAUCAAGCAGUGGGAAUGAUCUGUUCCUAGAACCAGUAUAUGUGGAUGCCUUGUGCUAUAUAUGCAAACUUCCAAUAUAUGUAGGAUCCAAUAUCUGCAAAAUUGCAGUAUAUGGAUUGUUCUGGUCUAUGAAGAGUUCCAGUAUAUAAACUUAGCUUCACAUAGGCAGGGUGACAAGCCUCCAAGUAGUAGCCUUCUCACAAAAUGUAGCCAACUGAACUAUCGGACAAAAUAGUAUACAUUUAAAAACUGGAUCAGAACAAAAUGACAAACAACUGCUACAUUAAUAGCCUGAAAACAGUUGUCUGACUUCUGCAGUCUUAACACUGCAAUUAUGGUCUCUUGUGUUUCCUUCGGCUUUCACCGCCAUGAAACAUGGGUGUAUACUUGAAUUUGCCCUGCAGUUUAUAUAUAUAUACAUAUAUAUAUAUUUGAUUAUCUGCCCGUAUAUAGAGUUAACAUAACAUUACAAGGUGCACUAUAUUCAACUUGUCAUGACAUGCUAAUGCUGAUGGCUGAUGAAGACUGUAAUGGGGUCACGUGAUUGCAGUCAUUUUCCAGUGAAUGUAAAAAGUUCAGCCAUGACCCUCGAAGUGGACUUGUUUAACCUUCAGGAAAUGUGGGGGAAUCCCAAUUACAGCUGACGGAAUUCUGUCUUCACUCAAGUGAUUCAUUAAACAAAAUCUUUUGGCGAAAUUCAUGCAUUUACACUGGCCAAACAACCUUUCAAGGCAAGGGCGAAAAUGGAAUAAAACCUGUAAAUGGCCAGGUUUGCUCACAGGUUGUUUUGCUUAUGUUUUUUUGGUACAAAAAUUAUUAUUAUCAUUAUUAUUAUUCACUUGCUGUUUUUUUUCUAUCCUUGUUCCACAAGUUUCAUGACAUCUGGUUUAUCAUGUUCCAAUCUGCCGUUUACUGGCCAUGUCAUCAGAAGCAGUUGCCUUCUCCCUAUUUCUUCCAUUUUGUUGCCGUCUGACCUUUGCCAUGAUUGCUGCCUUUUGCCUUGGUUGCCACAUCUUGCCCUGGAUGGCAGAGUAUUUGUGUACUUUGAAGUGAUUGGCAUUGUCGAGUCGAUCAUUGGUCAUUUGUUUUCCAAGCUAUCAAGUUAGCAACUAUAGUAGUUUUGUGCUCAUGGAACUAUACAUGUUUUUAUCUUUUUUUAAAAAGUACAUUGUACUUAUUGCUUAAAUGAUGUGGAAUGAACAUCCUUUAUGUUGCACAGUGAUGAUGAUUGCAUUUUCAGUUGACCCGCGAUUAUUCAGACAUAGGCCGUUUCAAAUCUUGUCCAGAUAAACAAAUUUCCAGUUACUGGUACCUGUUACUUCCACAGGCCCUUGUGUCUUUGCGAGGAUAAAGAUUUACAAAAAAUAUAAAAAACUUGAGAUGACCACCAAUUCGAAAUGCCUGUGUAGAUCCAUGUUAUUGAUGUUUGUAUUUGUAAGGUUUAUGAAGGAAUACUCAUACCUCAUUUUAUAACAUUAAUAUCGAAAUAUCGAAAGCAUAUUCAUUGAAUUUCCAUGUAUGGACAUUCAAUUAUGGGUAAUCAAAUCAGUAACUGUUGUCAGUCAAUGAACUGUUACUUGUGAGGAUGUUUAUUGGGUAGAACAUCUCUAUUGUUUGAUAAAAAUCUUGACACUUCAGUCCGGCUGUAUUAUGAGAGUGUUUAUAUUUAUAGUGAAAUGUUAUUGGUCCAACUUGCCUAGCUUGCCAUAUAUAAUUUACAUAAUGAGUCAAGUUGGUUCAGAAAACCUAGGAGGUGGUGAGGUAGCCUAGUGGUUAAAGCAUUCGCUCAUCAUGCAGAAGGCCCGGGUUCGAUUCCCCACAUGAGUUCAACGUGUGAAUCCCAUUUCUGGUGUCCCCCCUGUGAUAUUGCUGGAAUAUUGCUAAAAGCAGCAUAAAACUAUACUCUCACUCCCUCAGAAAACAUAAACCCAUGAGGCCAAGGACAUAACAGACCAGCCAUUUAGUUUUCAGAGAGGUUAUUUUAAUGAGAAAUAUAUUUGUCACAGAAAAUAUUUGGGGAAAAAUAAUCAUACUUGGUUUUUCUAUUUGAAAAACAAUUUGUUAGUCAAACAUUACAUGGUAUAUUGAAAAUAUAUUAAGGCUUCAUAUUGAAUUCAACUUUCAUGACAAGGUAUUUUUCUGGUUCAUUCUGUUUGUCAGUUGAUUCCUUGUCAAUAUUGUUUUCAGUUGUUCUAUUUGUUCUAUACAAUACUUUUGUAUGUUUUGCUAUUGAUACCGGUUUUUACAUGAAGGAAAUUUGAUAAAUUUGUUUGGAUUUGUGUUGAACAGCUAUUGCUAAUAAAGUCUUGAAUGCA